AUGGACGAAGUGGGACCGGAUUAUUCCAAAUCAGGCUGCUACGAGUGGCUUCUGCCGUUUGCAGACCUCCAGCCAGUUUUUGAGAAAUUGGAGCUCGAGCGAGGCUUGGAGAGCUCAGUUGUCGUGGUCGGCUGCGGCACGUCGGACCUCUCCAAAGACCUCCAUCUCGCACUGGGCUUCCACCAAGUGCUGUCGAUAGACAAUGACGAGGCGGUCAUCCGUCACAUGAAGGCACGGCACCGCGACCUCAAGGGCCUCACGUUUGUUUUGGAGGACCUCACCGUUUACAGCGAGGUGGUAGUAGACGGGACUGCCGACCUCGUGGUGGACAAAAGCACGCUGGACUGUCUGCUUUGCAGCGAUGCUGCCGCUGGGCUGAUCUGUUGCGUCUACCGUAUGCUGCGCACAGGAGGCUUUUAUGUCGUCAUCUCCUUCCAUGACACGGACUUCUUGGUGUCCCUGCUGUCCAUGGCCUUUGACUUGGUAGGCCUCGUCGAUCUCCAGCGACGAGUGGGACCCCCGGUUCGUGCAGUAACGCUGCGCAAGAAAGUGAUACAGGGCGCAGAGGAGGCCUCGCCUUGCACAGCCGUGCAGCAGCUGCGAGAGCAGUUGCAGGCUUUUGAGGCCGGGCGGUUGGAAGCCGCUCCUCUACUCACCUUGGAGCGGAAGCAGGCACUGGAGGCCGCAUGGCCACGUGACGAGACAGAUGCAAGGAUUCCUCUGUCAGUUGACGAGGCCUACAGCCUCCUCUUCAAGGAUGCAGAAAAGCGGGAGUACGCCAAGGCCGACUUCCAAAGUGACCUGUCGGAUUUCCGCACGACGUCUCGAGCGGAUGCACCCGUAGGGCUGGAAGACACUGUCGUAUCCGCGAUGUUGACCGCCUCGUCUGCUUUGACGGUUCAGCUACCGCUCUCUGCUGUGGCGGCCACGCUCCAGCUCGUGGAAAAGCUUGAGACGCUGCUCCGCAAGGAGUCGCAGACGGCUGAGAAGGGUGCCAGGGGCUCUGGCGUCAACAUUCCUGUGGGGACCAAGCCAGUGCAGACCUUGCUCCAAACCCUCGUGCGCGAGUGGGCGGCGGAAGGGCUACAGGAGUCACCUGUAAGCCACGGCUUGAAAGCCAUCGCGUUCUCUUCGAACGGGAGCUGUCCUGAUUCAGAGGUCUCGUGCAGGGGGCACAGUGUGGAGGCUUGCGAGAGCCGGCUCUUGCAGUGGUUCGGCAUGGAGCUCCUACGGCAAAACGGUCAGGCAGAGGUGCUUCGACCACAGCCGUUCGCGCUCAACACCUGCAAUCGGCUGAAGUUUUCCGACAAUCACAAAGUAACAGCCAUGCCGGAUGUGACGAUCGAGGAAGGGCGACUACCUCGACAGCAUUUUGGCGAGUUCAUCACUCUCUACGACAGGUCGGAUGCCAAAGAAAGCUUCGACUGCCUCCUGACCUCUUAUGCGCUGGACCUGUCUCCCAACGUGUUCCGUUUUGUGCGCACAGCAGCUCAUGUGGUCAGACCUGGUGGUGUGCACCGUGCUCAGACUUUGGAUCCUGGUGAAGCUUCUUGGCGAUGUGCUGGGCAAUGCUUUAACCGGCCACUACGAAAAAGGAAGGCACGAACCGCGGAGAGGAAGAAGAAUUGUUUGGACUGCAUCGCAAAACUGCUUGAAGCAGUAGUGGGCCCUGGUGACCUGCUGUCGUCCGACGUGAGAGCCGAGUUUGCUGCCGAAGCCUAUGCAGCUUGGGGCUCUUGCAAGGCAUGCAUCGCCGCUAAGCAGGCAAAGUUGCCACAGAAGGGCAACGACUUUGCGAAGUACAACGAGAACGAGAUCGAGCACGACUUCACGACCUCGGGCCCUUUCCGAGCCUUCGCACAUGCAAUCGUCAAUCGUCAGCAGAAGCUUGAUGAGGGUUUCUUUCAGGCUUUGGUGGAGCGGCUGAAGCAAUUCGUGGGUGACCCGAAGCUGGGAGAUGACGACUUCCAGGCCAUGGCUAUUGAGCUCAACACCAUCGCAGCCCUGUGUGCCGGAGUUCGCGCUUUCUGUGCGGCCACCGGUUACGAGGCACCCCCGCUUCCGGCAAAGCCAAACCCUUGCAAGCCUGGCCGCUUCCUGCGGGUCUCGGACUACUCGACAGGCCCCUUGCAAACCAACAGGACCAUUGCUUGGGUGCCGACCCUUCCGGCAGCGCAGCUUCGCGCGGAUGUGCCCCAGCGCUUCGGCAUCGACGCAUCCAUGUGGGCUUUUGCUGGGGCCAACCCGCACGGCCCGACCUCCAAAGCCAGUGCGGCACCCCUAACAUGUUGGGAGUUCCUCAAGUUCAUGGAUGUAAUGUAUGUGCCCGUCCAGGAUGCCCCGCGAUUCCUGAAGGUACCCGGCAAGGAUCGCACUCUGAAUCGCGGUCAGUUGGAGGUUGCAGCUGCUGACUACACCUCUGGCAAGGCCUGCAACUUCUGA